AACAGGCCCAAAUAAUUAUGGCGGCGUCCGUAGUGAACAUCAAUGUGGGCGUUUUGGGCCAUGUAGACAGCGGAAAAACGUCUUUAGCAAAAGCUUUAAGCACGACUGCAAGUACUGCCUCCUUCGAUAAGAACCCCCAGAGCCAAGAGAGAGGAAUCACUAUUGAUUUGGGCUUCUCAUCAUUCCAAGUUGCUGCGCCCAAACACCUAAGCGACAAGUUCGAAUUCUUGCAUUUCACUCUAGUUGACUGUCCAGGACAUGCAUCCCUCAUCCGCACCAUCAUUGGCGGUGCCCAGAUCAUUGACGUCAUGAUGCUUGUAGUCGAUGUUACUAAAGGUGUACAGACACAAACGGCCGAAUGUCUAGUCAUUGGGGAGAUUACUUGCGAUCUCAUGCUCGUAGUGCUCAACAAAAUCGAUCUGCUACCUCCUCAACAGAAAGAAAUUUCUAUCGAGAAAAUGAAGAAAAGGAUCCUUAAAACCCUGGAAAAAACGAGGUUUGCUGGUAGUCCCGUUGUGGCCGUCGCUGCAAAGCCUGGAGGAGCUGAAAAUGAUGGAGGCGAAGCCGACGGCGUAGACAGGCUUGUUGACCUGCUCUGCCAACUUGUGCGAGUGCCUGAACGUGCAAGUGUAGCCGACCCCUUGCUUCUCUCGGUGGACCAUUGCUUCUCUAUACGAGGUCAAGGGACAGUUCUCACUGGCACUGUUGUCCAGGGGUCGCUCUCUGUGGGAGAGGUUGUGGAAAUAGCAGCGUUGAAGAUUACUCGGAAGGUAAAAAGCAUCCAAAUGUUUAGGAAACCCAUCCAGAAGGCUAUACAGGGGGACCGGGUUGGAGUGUGCGUAACCCAACUUGAUCCCAAACAGCUGGAGCGUGGGAUUGUAAGCACACCCGGUCACGUGACAAGCACACUGCUAGCAGUUGCGCGCGUUCAGCGUAUUCCCUACUUCAAAGGGAAGUGCAUAUCUGGAGCAAAGUUUCACAUCACAGCCAUGCAUGAUACCUUGUUGGCUAGGGUCACAUUCUUCAGUAGGGAGCCUGGUUCCAACGAGGAAGCCAAGUCGACUGCUCUGCUGGACAUGGAUCGUGACUAUGCCUGGGAGCCAGAGUUGGAGCAGUCUGAUGCAAAAGUGUGGUUUGUCUUGCUGGAGAUGGAGCACCCACUUCUUCUCCACCCAGGAACACUCUUGAUAGGUUCCAAGUUAGACAUGGAUGUCCAGGGAACGGCAUGCCGCAUUGCUUUCCACGGCCAUGUCUGUCGUGCUUUUUCUGAAGCAGAUGACUGCAGGCAUUCGGGGGCAUUGCGAGUUUUCAAGUGCAAGUGCAAGGAGGGUGUUGUGGAACGAGUAGUGAACGAACAUGAGGUGAUAGUGCGCUCCCUGUUCAAGAAAGAGAGUAAUAUCAGCAACUUUUCUGGUCUAAAAGUACACCUGUCGAGUGGAGAACAAGGCACCUUGCUGGGCUCGUUCGGACAGAGUGGGAAAGUAAAAAUACAGCUUAAAGACGGCAUUCAGUCUGAUGAGUUGCGUUCACUGCUGGCAGCGACAGGGCGCAAGAAAAGGGCUGCAUCUGGCGACUGCGAAACCGCACACGGCUCGCCAGUCACUGUUACUCUUGCUUUCAAGAGAUAUGUGUAUGACUCUAAGAAAAAAAUUGUACAGACAUGACACAAGCUUUUUGUCUAAAUUAACAUAGACCAAGAAUACCUAUUCUUGUUGCACUAAAUUAAUUUUCAGUGAGCACAUAAUUGCAUGUAUGGAUGCAAAGCACAUUUGUAUUUUCUUAUCUACUGAUGCUCUGUUAGUUUUGUAGUGAUCUCGGUGUGACAUACAGGGAAAUCGCUAAAAAAAAUUUUUUAAACUGCUUUCAGUGCAGUUUCGGCACAGGAAGCAACUCUGCUUCAACUCCCAACAUGUUGCAAUGCCAAAUAUUUUCCGAUCCUGAAUAUCACAGGCUGAAGAAUAAAAGUUUUGGUUCUGUAACAUUUUUAAUAAAAUUAGGCAUGGCAUCAGGAGUUAACUACA